UCCCAUCAUGGUGACAAUCAUAGCUGUUCUGGGUAAAUUUGCAGCCACUGCCAGUUUUUCCACAGUUUACGUUUACACGGCGGAAUUAUACCCCACCGUUCUGAGACAGAACGGUGUAGGUCUGAACUCUAUGUGUGCCCGCAUGGCGGGAAUCCUGGCCCCGCUGAUCAAGCUCCUGGUGGUCUACCAUCACACCAUCCCCAUGCUGAUAUAUGGCACCGUGCCCAUUGUAGCUGGGGGUCUUUGUGUACUACUUCCUGAAACUCUCAACGCUGAACUUCAAGACCACACUGAGCUCAUCUCUCAGUGGAGAGGUUUGCAGCAGAGCGUGGAAGCAGAUGGGAUGAAGAUCAGCACCUCCGAAUCUGAGGCCUUGGUCCUGAGUCGGUAA